CUCAACUCUAUUUUUUGCCGUACAUUUUUCGACCGUCUCUAAAGAUGAAACUUACCUUUAAGAAUCUUAAUCAACAGAAAUUUGUUAUUGAAGAUGUUGAUCCUAUGAAUACUAUAUUACAGGUUAAAGAAAAGAUCCAAGAAGUACAAGGACAUGAUUCAAAAUGCCAGAAACUUGUAUAUUCUGGAAAAAUACUGGCAGAUGAGAAGACAGUAGAAAGCUAUAAUAUUAAAGAAAAGGAUUUUAUUGUUUGUAUGGUUCAAAAGCCUAAACAAGUGGCAAGUAGUAGUGUUGCAGUAGAAUCAAAAGUUUGUUCGGAAAAUAUACAAGAUCCAGGGAGUGAGAAGACAAAAAGUGUAGAAUCAAGUUCAGAAACAGCUACAUCAUCAUCGGUAGCUUUUAAUGACCCGAAUUCUCUUGUUAUUGGACAGUUACGUGAUACAGCAGUAGAAAAUAUGGUAGAAAUGGGAUAUGAACGUACACAAGUAGAGAAUGCUAUGCGUGCGGCAUUUAAUAAUCCUGAUAGAGCAGUGGAAUAUCUUUUGACUGGUAUUCCUGAUCAUUUAACUCAAGAGUUAUCUCAACAAGUAACUCUUCCUCGGCCUGUAUCACCUUCUCAUCAGACGCUUCAGACUCAUCAAGUGUCUCAACCUACAACUGUACCUACAACUGCGCCUACAACUGUGCCUACAACUGUUCCUACAACUGUUCCUACAACUAAUCGAUCUCAAAAUUUAUUUGAAUUAGCUGCUCAAGUUUCUCAACAAGGAAGAGACCGUUUAAAUUCUGGUUCUGGUAAUUCUUUUGGGGGUUCUGGGGGUACAGAAAGUUUGGCUUUUUUAAGAAAUAAUCCUCAAUUUCAAAUGUUACGACGAUUUAUUCGAGCUCAACCACAUAUGCUUGAAUCUGUCUUACAACAAUUAGCUCAAGGAAAUUUGCAAUUGGCUACGCUUAUAAAUCAAAAUUCUGAGGCAUUUUUACAAUUGCUUUCUGAAGAUGUAGAGGGAGAGGAUACUACAUUGAUGCCUAAUAUGAUUCAAUUAACAGAAGAAGAACGACAAGCUAUCGAAAGACUCGAAGCUUUAGGUUUUUCUCGUGGAACUGUUGUUCAGGCUUAUUUUGCUUGUGAUAAAAAUGAAGAGGUCACUGCAAAUUAUUUGUUUGAGCAUGGUCAUGAAUCUGAUGAAGAAAUCUCUUGAACCUUGUACAUAUAUUAUAAAAAUACCUAUAUCUAAAUUUUUAAU